CUCCUUCGACAAUCAUCUCCAUCUCCUUCUUCACUCUUCUGCAAUCAUCUCAAUCGCCUCCUCAUCUCCCCAACUCCUCUAAUUCUUGCAAUUUUUCAAACACAAUCCCACGCCGCCGACCAAACUCUGCCAUUACAAUUCAUCAUCUCCAGUAAUCAAAGGAUGCUGACUGCUCAGGAAAGAUUGUCAAGUCACUGAAAACCAUCAACUCUCCGAUUGAGAACAGCAGCAAAAGAUGUCUAACUCUCACAGGUACGCCCACAACAGCCGGCAAGAUGGCAACGGCAGGAACAAUCCGAAAACCCACAAGAAAUUUGUUCCAAAGAAUCAGGACCAAACCCCUACCCCUACUCCGACCUCGCUUUCCGCUUCCCUCAGGCAAACAGAUGCCGCCUCAUCCACCACUGGCGAUGCCACCACUGGUUCCACAAGUAGAAGAGGACUGUCGGGUCACGGUGGCAAUUUCGUUAACUACUUGCCUCAAGAUGAGGCGGUGGCUGCGGGGCUUGGCGCUGAUGAAGGUGGAUUGGAUCCAGUGGAGUCGCAGAGGGUGGUUGAUCUCUCGAAUAGAGAGUUGUCUCGUCUGCUUAAACUGAACCCCAAAGAAUUCUGGAAAGAAGUGGCUAUGGAUACUUCUUUGCAUGAAUUCCUGGAUUGCUUCUUACAAUUUAGGAGCAGAUGGUAUGAUUUCCCCCAUCGUGGAGCCAAGGGGAUUGUGGCUGGGGUCAUUGUUGGGGAGCUUGAAUUAAGCCGUCGUGUUUUUAUGCUGUUGUAUCGAUUAUCUUCCAAUAAGGAUCCUGGUGCACGGGCUGCUGAUAGUCUAAGUGCAAAAGACCAUGCAGUCCUUUUGCAGGAAAAGAAAUUACUUGACUUGCCCAAGCUGUUGGACAUAUGUGCCAUAUAUGGUCAUGAAAAUGAAGAUUUGACCAAAUUUCUGGUUGGGAAUGCACUUAGAGCCCAGCCUGCAAUCCACAACAAUUUGACAGGAGUAGUGUCUCAUUUCUUAAGUAUUAUCCACACUAUGCAUCAGCGCUGCAGCUCAUCUUUGGAGGUAAUAUUUUCUUCAGGAAGCUUUGAAGACCAUGAAACUAAACAGCUUCAUGCUGAUUUUCUGGAGGUCAUGGACUUCAUCAAUGAUGCCAUAGUGUCCAUGGAUUCUACUGUUGCUGCAUACAAACCUGCAACUGUAUUCUUCUCCUGCCCUAUGGAAAUGAGUUAUGGGAAUGAGGAGUUGCUCACAACUCUUGCACGUUUGCAUGAUUCUUUGCUUCCAUCAUUACAGCGGGGCUUUAGAAGUAUUAUUACUUCCAAAGAUGAAGUGAUGACCGAUAUUGCUACAAGUUUAAAGAUGUUGUCAACCAGAAUAGUUAAAUUUGGUUGGAGAUUGUUGGAUCUUUGCUAUCUCAGCAAUGAGGUUUUUGAAAGUGACUUCCCCAUUCCAACAGUGACAAAAAUAUUUCCUGCCAAAGUGGAGGAUCCAUUCAUAAGAGCAGAUAUUCUGAUUCAAACUUUUAGGGAGAUAAAUGUAGUUUCACUUCAAGUUAUGGAGAACCAGAAAAGAUACACUUUCCUUCAGGAUGUUGAAAAGAAACACAAUGUAAUGAGCAAACUCGAGAGCCUGCACAAUGCUGGAUGGAUACACAUGGAUGGUGAACAAUCUCAGUAUUUAUCUGGAAUUAUGAUGCAUUCGGCAGAAGGUCUUGCCAAAGAGCAAAUCAUUGUGCCAGCUCCUCAGAUGAAUAAUAAUAAAGUGCAGAUGGAUGAAGAUGCAGCAAUUACGGAGUCUAAAAUCAGCCAAAUAAAGGAUCUCUUCCCUGAUUAUGGUAAAGGGUUCAUAGCUGCAUGUCUUGAAGUUUAUAACCACAACCCAGAAGAUGUUAUUCAGAGGAUUCUUGAGGGGACUCUUCAUGAAGAACUGCAGUGCUUGGACACAUCGUUAGAAACAAUGCCAUUGUUCAAGUUGUCCGCUUUGGGCAAUAAUGAUAAAGGGAAAGGAAAGCUAGUUGAUUCAGUAAUUGUACCCUCCACUAAGGUAGUGGAUGCAGUGAGGGAACACCAAGUUGAUGGGCCCUCCAUUUCAUCUUCAUCUACAGUAGGGAGAUUUGUUCGGAAGUCUAAAGAUGACUUGCCUGCUCAUGUUUCUCUUGAUACCAGAGAGGGAAAUGAUGCUGUAAGAAAAGCUGCUCUGGUUGCUCAGUAUGAGUAUGAAGAUGAGUAUGAUGACUCUUUUGAUGACCUGGGUCUAAGUGUCGUGGAGUCAGGUUUUGAAGAGAAUGAGAUAUUGAGUGAGAGAAUUAGCUCAGGCUUUGGGAAAUCUGUAGGUUCAGAAUCUGAAAAUUUUGCCCAACCUUCAGCUAGUUCAAAAUGGGGCUCCAGGAAGAAACCUCAGUACUAUGUUAAGGAUGGUAAAAAUUAUAGUUACAAGGUUGCAGGUUCUGUUGCUGUUGCAAAUGCCAAUGAAGCUUCAGUAGUUACUCAAGCCCAGGUAGAAUUAAUAUAUGGCCUUGGACGUGGUGGCAACCAUCCUCUGGGUGCAGUGAAGAAGUUGGUGGAGUAUCAGGAGCAAAACAGUCAGUCCAAUGUCACUGAGACAGAAGGGAGAGGGAAUGUGCAGAAUCCCAGAGGCAGGGGAAAGAGGGGAGGGGGACAUCAAAGAGAGCCCAAUCUGGAGCAAGAUAAUCAAUCUGAGGAGACUGAGGUGGAAAGUAGAGGGAAUAUGGGAGGUCACAGGGGCAGGGGAAGAAGGGGAGGAGGGAGAAAUCACUACAGGAAGGAUAGGGCCAUGAAUAAGCACUUCUCCGGAUUGAGUGGUUAUUAGACAGGCGAGAGGGAUCCACUUGUCACUUCAAUUCCUAUGGUGCCAUACAAAAUUUCCCCAAAAUUAUUAAAGACAAAUCUUCCACAGGAACAAAACCUCCAUAGCAUUAUUCCAAAUUUCCAAUGAUUGUUAUUCAACCAGGAAUUCUUUAUGAGAUUAGGUGGAUCUGUUGCAAAAUUCAAAUUGGAAAAAAAUAUGUGUUGUUCAGUUUCAUUUGGAAACUAGGAUCUGUUUUGAUAUUUUGUUCUAGGAGCAUUUGCUUGGCUUCCUUUAAAGGAGUGUUGAAUUUACCGAAUAGGUGUUCUAUAUUGUGAAUUGUAGCAUAUUACAAAAUACCAGUAAUUAAAUUAAAAGGGGUUCCUGAUUUUGGAAGAGAGCCACUCUGUUUAAUGGCUAGAUUAUAAAUCACUAAAGAAGCUCAUGUGGCCCAAGUGACCACUUAAUCAUUAGUUAAAGGGCAACUUACCUUGGGUGUGGGGUUCAAUCCCCAUCCCUUCCUGCAUUCCCCCUUUCUGCAUUCUUCCGCUGUGGCUGUGACCGUUACUGCCAAAAAAGACAACUGGUGAAU